UUGUGACAGGAUUGGGAGGCUGCUGGGAAAAGAUGGCAGCUUCCUUUUGUAGGUUGGGAUUUACGCUUCUCCGACGAGCUACUUGAACACUUUCUGUAGCGAACACACGGACCUCUAGCACACAGUUGGGGUUCAAACAAUCACUGUGAGUUGGAAAAGAUGGAGAAAAGUGGGAGUGUCGACAGUUUGGGCUCGAAACGCUCCUCUUCACGUCAGCCAAGUGUUGAUUCAUUGUCCAGGUAGGAUCAAACACCCACAAAAACACCGCGUUUUAAGCUAUGUAUAAGUUUCUAAACUUACAAAUGGCGGUAUACUAAUGUAGUUUGGUUGUAAAGUCACACGUCUUGUCCUCGUAGCUUUCAUAACUCUGUCCAGAAGUGAGUGUUUAACCUCGAUAGAUGAUGUUGUGUACUGACUGCCAUUAUGAAGAAGACCACCGACGCUGACAGUAAAUGAGGGCAUCAUUUAAUGGCUGCUGUCAUUGUGAGCCAAACCCGAGGUCUGGAAGACAAAGAUAAAUGCUUAGUUAAAGUUACCAGAGUCAAAUAUACUGCUGUAUAGACACUCAUCUACCUCAACAUUAGGUACUUACAGGCAGUGUAAUGCAGCUCAAUACAACAGCAAUACAUGUCUACUGCCUGGAGGUGUUUAAAGGUCUAAUCGUCGACAUGAUCAGGCAGGUGAUUAUUGUACUUCAUAUUUGUUACUAAAGACCUAGUGAGUGCUGGUGGUGUGCUGAUGAGUAUCAUAUUUCAGGUGCUCUUUCCUAUAUUUAUAUAUUUUGUCCACUUCAUUUACAAACAUGAGGGGUGUUCUCCAGUGCACCAUCAGCACGUUGGACAACUUUAACAGUCAAUUUAGAUAAGUAAUAAUAAUAAUACAUUUUAUUUAUAUUGCGCUUUACAUUUGAGAAAACAAAUCUCAAAGUUCAUACAGUAAAAGGCAAUUGUAAAAAACAACAAAUAAAAAUAACAACAGUCAGAAAAUAAAACCAGCCCAGAAAGGCUUUUCUGUGGAGCUCUGAGGUAGUCAGGAAGAGUGUUCCGCAGACAGGUAAAAGUAGCCUCAAAGGCCCUGUCACCCAUGGUCUUGAGCCAAGUCUUGGGCGGGUGCAGACGUGUGUGGGGUGAGGAGUUCAGUGAGGUAGGUGGGGGCUGCACCGUGAAGACAGUGAUGGGUGUGGAGGAGGAUUUUGAAUUUGAUGUGGAGGUGGACGGGGAGCCAGUGCAGAGUGGGAAGGAUGGGGGUGAUGUGCUCAUGUUUGCGCACCCUCAUCAGGACCCUGAGAGCGUUGUAAAUAACAAAUACCACCUCAGUUCUUGACCAUGACAUCAGGAACUGGACAUGUAGACCUCAUGGUAGAGCUGUUGUGUUGGCUUGCAAUAGAUUUAGCAGCUGUUUAUAAUGUUAUGGAUCAUCAGUGUAUAGAGAAACGAAGCAUAUGAUUAGUUUUCAAUGGAGUGAUAGAUGAUAGAUUAAGCACCAACCAGUCUAACAUUUAUGUUCCUAUUCAGCAUAUUCAGUCUAAAAUCAGUGGUUUGGUUCGUCUCAUAACUUCAUCAGGUUGUGAUUUUGGAACAAAUGAAGAAGUAGUGGUUAACAAAUCCCUUUAAGACUUGAACUUCCUGUCAUUGCCUCUUCUGUUUAUCCCUCAUUAGUACUUCCACCUCUCGCUCUGACCGAUCCGCUCAGGCAAAACCACCCUCCGCCAUGUCCUCAGAUUCUGUGGCCACCUCCACAGAGCUCUCCCCAGAGAUGAGAGUAAGUAACCUGCUUUUAUUUACCUUGGAUCCUGCUCCUUCUUAUGAUAAACUAGUGAAUGACUUUCCUUCAUUUCUGUCCCGUCAGGUCAAGCCCAAAGCUUCUGCAAAGGUACAUCAAGUCAUAACAACUAUCAAACUCAAAAUGUGUCUCUGAACUUGACAUCUUGAGAAGCUGCUCUUUAUGUCGGUCUAAUGCAGACUUCAUUCUUGCAGAAGGUGCUCAGAGAAUCAGACAAAGAGGAACCACAGCUGCUUCCAAAUGAGACUGUGCAGGACAUGGGUCAGUUCUCUCUGUGCUGCAGUCACCCAUCCACAAAUAGCUUUGAUUCAAUAGAUAUGAAAUAGUUGUUCUUACAUCAAAACCAUUUGAAAUCACUUUUUGACUCUACUAAGUCAAGUUUUUUUGAUCAUCUUUUCCAUUUUUACUCUCCAGCCCAAGAUAUCACCUACUUCUGUCCUUUCAUUGGAGCACUGAGGGGAACAGUGACAGUGACCAACUACAGACUUUUCUUCAGAUGCAUGGACAGGGUAUGUUUAAUAAUUUUUUGUUAGUUAGUUUUUUCAGAAAAACUUUGAAAGAGGAGCCUUUUUUAUUUUUAAUCAAGUGUGUUUAAUUUCUAGGAGCCAGCAUUUGUGCUGGAUCUGCCUCUUGGGGUGAUAAGUCGUGUGGAAAAAAUUGGAAGUGCUUCAAGCCGUGGUGACUUGUCCUAUGGGCUAGUUUGCAAGGUGAGAAGAGAGUUAUAAUGAUCCAGGUUGACUUGACCUGAUUUGCUUUUUAAACUUUGAUUCUUAUACAUUUUUAGAUGACAAAAAAACCAAAAAAACAAGCUUAAUCCUACCCACAUCCAGCUGUUGACCCUUGAGUCUGGCCAUGACUUGCUGCUUUGCUUGCCUUCUGCAGGAUAUGCGAAAUCUGCGAUUUGCACACAAGCAAAUGGAUGACACCCUGAGGAAGUCCGUUUUUGAAGUGCUGAUGAAAUUUGCGUUUCCUGUUUCCAACAGCCUGGUGAGUGAUCCUCAGCCACACGUUCUGUGUCAGUGUAGCUCUGCACCGUCAGUCCACUCAUGAUUUUCUGCCUUCUUUGUCUUCACAGCAAAUCUUUGCCUUUGAUUACGGGCAAGUCUUUCCUGAAAACGGAUGGAAGGUGUAUGACGCUGUCUCUGAAUAUAAAAGACAGGUAUUUGAAUGAACAAGGCCAAACUUCUGGGCUUAUUGGUGGGAAAAGUGCAUCACAUGGUUUGUUUUGCUUGAUGUCAAAGGGUAUACCCAAUGAAAGCUGGAGGAUAACAAAAGUUAACGACCACUAUGAACUUUGUGACACCUACCCAUCCACCCUGGCCGUGCCUGUCAACAUGCCGGAUGAGGAGCUGAAGAGAGUGGCUGCCUUCAGAGCGAAAGGGAGGAUUCCUGUGAGUGACAAGUUCACAGCUCAAAACUCCUCCUCUGCUCUGCACGUGCGAUGGACUGUUUGUAAUGUCUGUAAUCUGUUAUUUCAUUCGGGCAGGUAUUGUCAUGGAUCCACCCAGAGAGCCAGGCAACUGUAACACGCUGCAGCCAGCCAAUGGUUGGAGUAAACGGGAAACGGAGCAAAGAGGACGAGAAAUACCUCCAGGCCAUCAUGGAUGCUAAUGCUCAGUCCCACAAGCUUUUCAUUUUUGACGCAAGGCCGAGUGUCAAUGCUGCUGCCAACAAGGUCUUUUGAAUUGUUAAGAUCUCUUUAUUGUUAUUGGAAUCAUGUUUAUGCAUAUUGCUAAGAACGAUCUGUCCUUGUUCUUUUUUUAGAUGAAAGGGGGCGGAUAUGAAAGCGAGGAUGCGUAUCAAAACGCCGAGCUGGUGUUCUUAGAUAUCCACAACAUCCAUGUGAUGAGAGAGUCACUUCGCAAGCUGAAGGAUGUGGUCUACCCCAACAUUGAGGACUCCCACUGGCUCUCAAAUCUGGAGUCCACUCACUGGCUGGAGCACAUCAAGGUAAGCAUCAUGUGAGGAACAAUGUAAACUUAGAGUGGGGUGUAACAGAGGAUUAAAACCCGGGUGAGCAGAACCUUAAGUAGAAGGGUCUUAUCUCACCCUGGAUGGAUUCCCCAGGUAUAACAACCUGCUUGCUUUACAUGAUCCUCCUUAUAAUACAGUCAUUUACUCAAUUAAUCAGUAUUUUUACACUAAAUAUUGAUUGAAAAUUAUUAUAUUUCUUUAAUUGAAAAUAUUCUGUUACACUGAAUGAGCAAAACUAGCUGUUGUUACCCAUAUGAGUGAACAUCUUUACCAGUGGUGGAGUAAAACAAGGAGCUGAAAUCAUAUAAAUCACUGCAGCACCUGAUUUGAAGUUUUAUGCUUUAUCAGCUGUCAGUUUCACCUCGCCUUAAUUUGAUAAUUCCCUGGUAGAGGUGGCAAAAUAACAGUCUGUUGCAAUCAGACAUAGCUGAGUGUGUCUGUUUCUUCUUUUUAAGUUGAUCCUGGCAGGAGCACUGAGGAUUGCAGACAAGGUGGAGUCUGGGAAGACCUCCGUGGUUGUACACUGCAGCGACGGCUGGGACCGCACAGCCCAGCUCACCUCGUUGGCCAUGCUCAUGCUAGACGGCUACUACCGCACCAUCCGCGGCUUUGAGGUGCUGCUUGAGAAAGAGUGGUUGAGCUUUGGUCACCGCUUCCAGCUGGUAAAUCUUCAUUUUCAUCGAUUUUUUAAAAUGUAAAUACUAUCAAGUCUGGUGGCCUCUCCAGAUGCAUCACUUUUUCUCUUCUUUGUUUCUUGCAGCGCAUUGGUCAUGGGGAUAAGAACCACACAGAUGCAGACCGCUCCCCUGUUUUUAUUCAGUUCGUUGACUGUGUGUGGCAGUUGACUCGCCAGGUAAGUAAUAAAUGGGCUGAUAUGGAAAAACUCUGAAUCACAUGCUCUUUCUUUGACACUAAUGGCACUGGUUUCAUCGAAGUUUCCUGCAGCAUUCGAGUUUAAUGAAUACUUCCUGGUCACCAUCCUGGACCACCUGUACAGCUGCUUGUUUGGGACAUUCUUGUGUAACAGUGAACAGCAGAGGUUGAAGGAGGUAAGAACACCUGAUGAUCGUGGUAUGAACAUGAGGCUGAUAUGUUCUUGUAUGGCAGUUUGCUGUGCUCAGCGUCUUACAGUCGCACCUUUUAUUUUAUAGGAGAUUCCCAAGAGGACUGUGUCAUUGUGGUCUUACAUAAACAGCCAGCUGGAGGAGUUCACCAAUCCUCUGUAUGUGAACUAUUCCAACCAUGUGCUGUUCCCUGUAGUCAGCUUGCGUCAUCUGGAGCUUUGGGUUGGCUACUACAUUCGCUGGAACCCUCGCAUGAGACCUCAGGUAUGUGCAGAAUCCUGUCUCAGGGUAAACAUCUGAUGUCAUUGAUGAUUUUUUCAUGGCAUAGAAAAUGCUUGCAGUCUGUACAAUCCCUCUUAAAGGGAUCUUCCGGCAUAGAAAUAAUUUAGAGUCAAACACAUCGUAACACUGAGUUAGACACCCCCUCAAGAGAUGAAUGUUGUUUCUCUAGUUAUACCAACUUUAAUAAUGCAUGAUAGCAAUACACAGCAGUCUGAGGAGCCACACACAAACCUCAAACAAAAAAGCCACUCUAUAGCCACAAAUAAUGCUCAGAACAGCACCUAGAGAAGCAAGCGGUCGGCAACAUUCAUCUCACAAGGUGGUGUCCAACUCAGUGUUAUGGUGUGUUUGACCCUCACUUAAUUUUAUGCCGAAAUAUCCCUUCAAAGUUACUGAGCUUGAGUUUUGCAUUUAUCAGGAACCAGUCCAUCAGCGCUACAAGGAGCUGCUGGCGAAGCGCGCAGAGCUGCAGAAGAGAGUCGAUGAGUUACAGAGAGAGGUGACCAAUCGCUCAGCCUCAUCUUCCUCUGAGAGGGCAGGCUCUCCGACACGCUCCAUCACUCCAGUGCAGACCUUUGUUUGACACCUGAUGAUCCCAGUGCAGAUCACAGGAGCUGGAUCCUGUCUGUGAGCAGCUGAUAUACAGUAGUUAAGGUGACAGUAGACACCAUAAAGAGCCUGUGUGCAUUUUUUGGCGACACCUUUCAGAAAAAAAACCUGAUCUAGCAGAUCACUGUAAUUGCCUAUAUCACAGGUUAGAGUCCAUGUGUGUGUCAGACUUCUUCAUUACAGCCAUAUUGUACUCUUUCGCCACGGUUCAGAGGGGGUACUUUUUAACACAUCUACAAUCAGUGUUUUUGAAGUAUACUCUAAUAUUAUGCAGGUGAAAUAAGAAUGCCUUAUACACUUAAUUGAAACACAUGCUUUAUUCCUCCACACUAAGACUGUUAAAUUUUAAUUUGAAAGCAAUACAGCAGUAGUAUUUGCAAAGAUAUAGAUUGCUGCAAAAAUAACACUUGAGCUCAAAACACGAGCACUAAAACGGCCUUAGUGGCUCCUGAGUUGUGUCAUAAUGUAGCUAAAGGGCUGUAACGCUAGCUUCCUCUUAUAAUAAAAAGUAGUCAUAGAUUAAGUGCAUUAAAAAAGUCUGUGCUUUUAGAUUGUUGUGACCAAAUAUUUCUUAAUAAUACAUCAUAUGUAAUGUAAUAAGCAUUCUUUCUCAUUGAGUGAGUUAAGUUUUGAUAGUUUCAUUUUUUUAACCGGUUAACAUUAUUUAUUAUCCUUCAGUGAGACUAGUAUUUAUGGCUCACAAGCACACUCUGUCUCAUGUCAUGGAUUGAUUAAAUAUGUUCCCAUGCAACACUAAUAAGCAACACAGAAUAUGCAAUAGUUCAUUUGUUCGAUCCAGUUACUCAAAUGGUUAACAUGAGGACAUCUCUUGCAGAUGCUUUUUAAAGCCAUCAGCUGAUUUUCUUUUUAUACACAGCAGAAUGUCUUACUUAUAACUUUUUUGAGUGUUUUUUUUUUCUGGUCUGACAAAUCUGAUGGGACAUUUGUGCCUUCCUUUGAAUGACUGCGUGAAAAGUGUGCACAGUUUUUUAAAAGUUUGAAAAAUGACCAAUAAAGAGUUGGUAAAACUUUCCUCUUUGCUUGUAAAAACUUGCAAUGAACAUGAGACUGAACUCAGGAGUGUCAGCCUUGUUUGUUACUUUAGACACAACAGUAAUCGUCUUUGUUUCUGCCGGCUUAGUGUCCCAAAUAGUUGCAGAGCCUGCAGGACAUUUGGGACAAUUAUCUCUGGUUUUGUUCAUGCUUAUACACCAGUAAGUAUGAACAUUUUGUAUGGAGUGAUACAAAAGAAAUGAUUUUAGCUCUUCUAUUUUUGGGGGCAAUUCUGUCCUGGAAUCGAUCUUUAAACAUCAUCUUUCACUAUUAAACUUGACAUUAGACAGCAAGUGUGAGUUUGGUUUAAAACAUUUUGAACUGAAGAGAAAUCAUUUCCCAAACUUUUGUUGUGACUUUCUAAUAACUUAAGUAUAACUGAUUAAAGAUGAUUUGUAUUGUAAACAAA